UCUUUUAUUGUAAAUAUUGUAAAGCGGGUUUUUGGUAUAUUUACACUCAAAAAACUUUUUCACAAAAAAAAAAACGUCACUAAAGCAAUACCUAUUGUUCGAAACACACUUGUUAAUUGUGAUUGGAGCUUCAUCAACUCUAAAAUCGGUUCUGUUCCGCUUUUGUGAGGUUUUUUGAUUGGGAAAUGGUUUCUUUUAUUGUGAAUAUUGUAAAGCGGGUUUUUGGUAUAUUUACACUCAAAAAACUUUUUCACAAAAAAAAAAAAACGUCACUAAAGCAAUACCUAUUGUUCGAAACACACUUGUUAAUUGUGAUUGGAGCUUCAGAAACUCUAAAAUCUGUUCUGUUCCGCUUUUGUGAGGUUUUUUGAUUGGGAAAUGGUUUCUUUUAUUGUGAAUAUUGUAAAGCAGGUUUUUGGUAUAUUUACACUCAAAAAACUUUUCCCCAAAGAAAAAACGUCACUAAAGCAAUACCUAUUGUUCGAAACACACUUGUUAAUUGUGAAUGGAGCUUCAUCAACUCUAAAAUCUGUUCUGUCCCGCUUUUGUGAGGUUUUUUGAUUGGGAAAUGUUUUUUUGUUAUUGUAAAUAUUGUAAAGCGUGUUUUUGGUAUAUUUACGUCACUAAAGCAAUGGGCCUACCUAUUAAUUAUUUAUAGUAUAGUACAAUCCCGAAAGCUGCUCCUCCAAUACCAUUAACGUUUACUAAAAAGUGUGGUGUCUUGGGUGUAUUUUUGGGGUAUAUUGGGGGUAAAUAGUCGGAUCCUAAAAUCUGUCCUGUUCCGCAUUUUACAAACAAGGCGGAAACGGACGUAUGCAUAUGUUUAGGUCUGACAACAAUAUUUGUGCUUCAUGUAAAUUGUAAAUCAUAUAAUAUUGAUAAACUGUCAAUAAAGUAUAUGAAAAAAACCGUAUUGGAUACGAUUUUGGCAGAAUUAUGAUUUUUGUGAGGUUUUUUCAUUGCGAAAAGUUUUUUUUGAUUGUAAACAUAUUUCGGGUGACCGCUCGCGAUUCAUCUCAGGAAUAAUCAAAUUAACAAGUGUGUUUCGAACAAUAGGUAUUGCUUUAGUGACGUAUUUUCUUUGGGAAAAAGUUUUUUGAGUGUAAAUAUAUCAAAAAGUCAGUUUUCUCUAAUACCAAAUAUAAGAGCCCAGAGACGGAAAUUGCCUAACAUGUAACAAGAAUAGAGUGACACUGGUCGGUUACCAUGAAUAAUGAGCAUAAAGAAAUUCUGCGGAGAAACAGGAGUGCUAUUAUUAGGGAGAUUCACGACAUCAAAACUAUUGUUUAUGCUUUAGAAGAAAAUGGCGUCAUCACAGAAAACAUGUUGGAAGACAUCAUGGCAGAGAAUACGCCAACAGACAAGAAGAGGGAACUGUUGAUUAUAUUACCACGGAGAGGGGCGAAUGCAUUUGAUCAGUUUUACGAAAUUCUCGUCAAUAACCAGGAAGGAUCGGCAGCUGAUAUUUUAAAGCCAGAGUUGUCGAAGCAGAGAAUUGCUACAGAAAAAAGAAACCUAGCUGUUGUUCGACGAGCCCAAGCAUGUACUCCGUUAGUGGUGACCUCACCCACAGAUGAUGAUGAUGAUGAUGACCUGCCAGAAAAAUGGCCUGAUGAGAACCUGAUAUCAGAAACUGUUAUAGUAAAGGUCUGUGAAGAAUCGGGGUGGAUGUAUGACAGGUUUAUCAAAUCCAACUCGGACAGUGGAAAGGUCUACAAACAUCAGAGCAAUCCAAGAGGAUAUGCAUUACUGAUAAACAACGAAAAGUUUGAACUGGCAAGGAAGAAUGGCUGCAAUCUGGAAGAUCGAGAUGGAACCGACAUUGACCAGUUCACAGUCGAUCAGCUGUUAGACCAGCUGGGCUAUAAAGUCUGCAUUAGGGAAGAUUUGACAGCUGAGAAAAUGGAAAGCACCGUGAACCAGUUCAGUCAGUUCGACCACAGUCCAUAUGACAGCUUCGUUCUGUUCGUUCUAUCUCAUGGAGAGAGUCAGAGUAUAUACGGAGUAGACGGGAAACUGGUACAGAAGGAUAAAAUCAUAGGAACCUUCCACGGAAAUGAUUGCCCAACUCUUAGUGGGAAGCCCAAGCUGUUCUUUUUCCAAGCCUGCCAAGGGCAAAAAGUUGACCUUGGUGCACCCAUUGCCUCAGUGGAACCAGUUAGCAGUAGCAGUGGCAGUGAACCAGAUAACGUGGAGCUUUCACUGAAGAAAAUGAAAGAUCUAAAUUUAAAUAAAACCUCAGCUGCUGUGUCGAGAGAUGACACUGUGGCUGAUGUCAGGAAAGAGACCUCGGUACCAGCCGGCGGAGAUGUUUUCAUAGCAUCGGCCACUAUUCCAGAUUAUUUAUCAUGGAGGAACACAAAGAAAGGAACAUGGUUUAUCCAGGCAAUUGUCUACAUCUUUCAGAAGUUUGCUCACAAAGAUGAUAUCUCCAAACUGAUGACCAAGGUCAACCGUCUGGUUGGUCGGGGACGGACAAAUGACGGUUUGAUGCAGGUGUCGACAUACGAGUCACGGCUGUCAAAAGAUUUCUACUUCUUCCCAGGCCUGUGGUUAUCGUCAUCAGAGACACCAGCCCCUCCUUCUAACAUGCAGCCUACUAGCUGAAACCAUUUGACCUCUUGCUAACAUCAUACUCAAAGAAAAUAUUUAAAUUAAUGUGUCAUGUACCUUUUUUUGGAAAAUAUGUAAGUAGGCAGGACUUUAGAUUGCUCCAAAGCUGAGGCAAUGAAAGGGUGUGCCCAAAAUAAGCAAGCUGAAAUGAAGUAUAGACAUGCUAACCUCAAGACAAUUCCUCUCAAAAUCAGUGGAUUAAUUAUUAAACUGUAAUUAUAGAUUAAA